AUGGCCGCUACACGUUUUCAUAAAAUUGGUGCUCGACAAAUAUUUCCAUGUUGGAAUGGACCAGAAUUAAAAGCUACCUUUCGCAUUGUAAUAAAACAUCGUUUACAACACAUGGUUUUAUCGAAUAUGCCGGUGGAUAAGACAGAUAUAAUUUCAUUUAAUACAGUGUGCACCACGUUCAAAGUUACUCCAAGAAUCUCUACUCAUCUCGUGGCGUUUAUGGUGUUCGAUCUGAUCCUCACAAAUGUCAAAUAUUAUCCCAAAAUAUUGUCACCAUUUUAUUUAAUAUUUGCACAAUAUAUUUCUUAUGAAAUCAUAUAUAAUGUGAAAUUGAUGUGGCAUAUACCAACAGAUGUUAAAGAAAUGCAGCAAGUUGCAAUUCCUAAUUUCCCACACAAUGCUAUGGUAAACUGGGGGACUAAUUUUUAUAGAUUAUCCGAUAUUAUCUAUGAAGAAGAGAAAGAUCCUGUGAUGCGCAAAAUAGAGGUAGCGCGUUUAUUGGCACACAAAAUAUUGCAACAAUUUCUUUCUAAUCUAGUUAGCCCGUCCUCGUCUUCUCUUUGGUUGAACGAAGGUAUACCUAUGAUGCUUGGAAUUCAAAUCCUCGAUAAGAUUUUGCAAAAAUCUUCAAUAAUGGAUUUGUUUACAAUUCAAUAUCGAUAUGAAUCUCUUCAUUUGGACUGCGGUCUUUUGAAGCCUCUAACAUCGAAAUCCAACACCUCUGAAAUUAAUUCCAUUUUUUCAUAUCCCUAUUAUGCAAAAGCUUUUACAAUAUUGAACAUCAUGCGAAACAUGUUUUCCAAUUAUGUUAUUCAAUAUGGUAUUGAAAUAUACUUUCAAAACUAUAAAUAUAAAACUGCAAGUCUCGACAAUUUCUGGUCAGCUAUGGAAACUGCUUACAAUAAAUAUCGUAAUGAUUCAGACGAAUACAUAAACUUAUCACGAAUAAUGAAUCCUUGGACAACUCAAUUGCAGUAUUGUGUACUAAAAAUUAAACAACUAAAUUAUAGGGAUCCCAAAAAGAUAAUAAUAUCGUUAGAAAAUUUUAAUGAGCCACAACUGGAGACUGAUUGGUGGAUACCUGUAAUCAUUCAUACUACUAACGAAUUAUGGGGUUCAUUUACGAUCUAUAAUAGCAGUACAUUUCGGCGACUUUCCAGUAAACCGAUGAUGAUCAAAUAUCCAGUAGAAUAUAACGAAAAAGAUAUUAUCAAAGAAUUACUCAACUUAUCGUUUAAAGGAUAUUUUCGUGUCAACUAUGAUAAUCUAAUUUGGAAUAGGAUUAUACAUCUUUUGGUUCCUCAAGAUUUAAAAAAUAGUCAUAAACAAAUAGAAUUGCCUGCCUUAAUUAAAGCAAACUUAAUCGAUGAUGCGUUCCACUUCAUGCAAGCAGGCCAACUCGAUCGCAAAAUAUUCUGGAAUGUGUUAAACAUUCUAAAGGCAGAAGUGGAAUACAUAGCAUGGUAUCCCAUGUUCAAAGUUUUUGAAUAUAUAUCGAGAGUCAUGCCACUUUAUUCAAACAGAGUCGACGAAAUAAAGGAAAAUGUACAGAAUUUAUUCUCCGUAAUAACGAUAAACAUAGAUUUUAAAGAAUAUAGAAUCGAUGAUGAUCUUACUAAGUGUUUGAAGCAAGAGAUUGCAAGAUGGGCAUGUGUUUUCGAUUACGAUACAUGUAUAAAUGAAGCCAAUAAAGAGUUGACAAUGCAUUUCGAUUCGCCUUCUACAAACAGGAUUUUGCCGUGGUGGAAAACAUGGACAUUCUGUCACGGUAUAGGUAACAACUACAGUAUGUGGUCAAAUGUAUUACAUUUAUGGCUCGAAUCAUCUGAUGCAAAAGAAUCUAGUAGAAUUUUAGAAUUCUUGUGUUGCACUAAAAAUGAAGCGGCAAUCAAAUUGAUGCUAAGAAAGGGAGACGAUCAAAAUCUUUCUGAAAGAAAUAUUUUUUCAAGUUUACAAGUUAGAGACCAUAUUAAAAUGUUUUCUUUACUUAUUACAAAGCAUGCACAGAAUUAUAAAGUGCUUGACUAUAUAUUAUCUAAUUUUGAGAAGCUUAAACCUAGAGAGAUAAGUAUAGCUGCAGCAUUAAUUAUUAUUAUUAAUCACGUUUAUUCAGUUAUGGGACUCGAUUAUCAGAUAGAUCAAUUUGUGUUUAAAAACCUAUAUACAAAUGAACUAUAUUACAAAAUUACACAAAAAAUGGGAAUACGUUCGGAACAAAUUAAAAGACUACUCGAUGAUCUGGAUUUUUUAUGAUAGAACAGAAUAAAAUCUGAAUGAUCAACUAAUACAAGACAAUAAACGAUAACAACUGCAACAACUGUAUAUGAUAUGGAUAAGUAUUUAUAUCAUUUGUUUGGUCUUACAAUUAGUUUUAUACAUUAUUUCUCAU